CCGAGCUCGGCGAGUCCGCCCCGGGCUUCCUGGUGGGGCUGGGCGCGGGGGAGGGGCCGCGCAGCAGCAGCAGCGGCGGCGGAAACCCGAGCUGGGCGAUAAGAGGCUGCAGCGCGACAUGCAACAGUCUUUUCACUGCGGCUGAAUGAGUUGUGGCGCUCACCAUGCUGCCGUGACGAGGAACUGACAAGUUCCAUUUUUUUUUUUUUUUUUUCUUCUCCACCGCGGGCCUCUGGGACCCAUGACUCCCACAAUGCCUUGGGCAGUCGGUCGACAGUCGGGCUGCCUCUGAAAAACAUGUGAGAGGUUGGUACUAAGAAGUGCCUUUCCUGACGUCUCUGCUUGGACCCGCUUCUAGAGCAGUUUCUGCUUUUGCCUUGCUUGCUGCCAGCUAGACUGUGACGACAGUACAUCACCCUCCACCUCUAGCCCAGACACCCCCGUUUCUACUUAGAAUCAAGAGAAAAGCUCUGAGUAUCUGGCAUUGCCCUAGGCUGCUUUAGUGAAAGGAAAAGUUUGCUGAAAAAGUGAGAUAUCUUCUGCCAGGAAAUCAAGGAGGAAAAAAAAAAAUCAUUUUCUCGAUUUUGCUCUAAACUGCUGCAUCUGUCUAUGCCAAACUAAUCAAUACCGAUUGCACCACCAAACCCCAUUGCAAAUUCAGCUGUGAGGAGAUUCCCUCUUAGACAACUUUGCUGAAAGCAGCUGGGAAAUUCGGUGUCAGAGGGUCUGCCACGUUUUCAUGCUUGCAUUUUGGGCUCCCAAUUGGCACUGGGCAAGGGUUACUGAGCACAAGUCUGGUUCCAGGCCCCACUUUUAAACGUUCACCUACUUAGAAUCCUAGUAUUUCUCGAAAAACCAAAACCUCUUUGAAAUAACAGUUUCGUGCUGUGAAUUUCCAGUGGGAGAUCUCUUCCUUGAUAUUGAAAACACAAUUUUCAAUGUACUUUUAAAGCGGGGGUUGGGGAAAAGUAUUUUGAAGGGGGAUAUUUUCAUCAUCAUUUCGGAGUUUUAUCAGUUCAGCCUUCCCCCCCACCCCCCUCUGGUUUGUUGUAGCUGUUUUUUUUUUUUUUUCUUUCAUUUUUUUUUUCCCCCCUGGGGGGGUUGGGGUUGUUGACUUCACUGAAAAAUUUAACUACCUGUAAAAUCUAAACAUGGCUGUUAGUGUCACACCGAUUCGGGACACAAAAUGGCUAACACUGGAAGUCUGUAGAGAGUUCCAAAGGGGGACUUGCUCACGGCCAGACACGGAAUGUAAAUUUGCACAUCCUUCGAAAAGCUGCCAAGUUGAAAAUGGACGAGUAAUCGCCUGCUUUGAUUCAUUGAAAGGUCGUUGCUCCAGGGAGAACUGCAAAUAUCUUCAUCCACCCCCACACUUAAAAACACAGUUGGAAAUAAAUGGGCGCAAUAACUUGAUUCAACAGAAGAACAUGGCCAUGUUGGCCCAGCAGAUGCAACUAGCCAAUGCCAUGAUGCCCGGUGCCCCGCUACAACCUGUGCCAAUGUUUUCAGUUGCACCCAGCUUAGCCACCAACGCGUCAGCAGCCUUCAAUCCUUAUCUGGGACCUGUUUCCCCAAGCCUGGUUCCAGCAGAGAUCUUGCCGACUGCACCGAUGUUGGUCACAGGGAAUCCUGGAGUCCCUGUACCUGCAGCUGCUGCAGCUGCUGCACAGAAAUUAAUGCGGACGGACAGACUUGAGGUGUGCCGGGAGUACCAGCGUGGCAACUGCAACAGAGGCGAGAAUGAUUGUCGGUUCGCCCAUCCUGCUGACAGCACAAUGAUUGACACGAAUGACAACACGGUCACCGUGUGCAUGGAUUACAUCAAAGGCAGAUGCUCUCGGGAAAAGUGCAAAUACUUUCACCCCCCCGCACAUCUGCAAGCCAAGAUCAAGGCCGCGCAGUACCAGGUCAACCAGGCUGCCGCGGCUCAGGCCGCAGCCACCGCAGCUGCCAUGACUCAGUCGGCUGUCAGAUCACUGAAGCGACCCCUCGAGGCAACCUUUGACCUGGGCAUCCCUCAAGCUGUACUUCCCCCAUUACCAAAGAGACCUGCUCUCGAGAAAACCAACGGUGCCACCGCAGUCUUUAACACUGGUAUUUUCCAAUACCAACAGGCUCUAGCCAACAUGCAGUUACAGCAGCAUACAACCUUCCUCCCACCAGGCUCAAUAUUGUGCAUGACACCCGCUACAAGUGUUGUUCCCAUGGUGCACGGUGCUACGCCAGCCACUGUGUCCGCCGCAACAACUUCUGCCACAAGUGUUCCCUUCGCUGCAACAGCCACAGCCAACCAGAUACCCAUAAUAUCUGCCGAACAUCUGACUAGCCACAAGUAUGUUACCCAGAUGUAGAAUUUCCAUCACUAAACAAUCAUACUAACGAGCCAAGGACAGCGUGCUUGGUGAGAGGAAAGGAAGAGGUCGUUAGCCAUACUGUAUAUACUGUCAAGCAACACACUCAAAGCUCCCUCAGCCACAAGACUUCCACGUAUUGCAUGUUAACCAGAAGAAAAGACAUCCUGGAAAUCCACCGCACACUGUUGCCUAUACACUUUGUACAUUGAAUUGAGAUUUGUGCUGAGGUGAUGAUAUUCCUGUCUAAAAGAACAUUGUCUUUCUUUUCUAGCACACAGGUGUGCACGAAAACGUGCAUACCUCAUUAGUUUCCUAUAUACUCAUGCCAUCUUGAAAAGACAGACUAUGGUGUAACCAUGAUUCUAUUAUGUAUUGGUACGUCCGUAGACCAAGAUAUAAUUUUUUUAAAAAAAAGAAUAAGUUUAUUUCUUUCAAGGUUUACAAAUAACAAAGGUGCACCUUGUAUUUAAAAUUGCCAUUAUAGAUGAGAGCGUGCAUGCAGUCAUUUUUGUUUAAGAGUAAUAUUUUUAAUGUAAUAGAUUGUAAGCUGUGGAGAGGGAGGGAUCUGACAGAGAUGAUUGUGCCAAGCAAAACCACAACUGUGUAUAUUUUAAAGCACAUCAUGGCUUUAAGUACCAUGUUGUUAAGGGUUCUCAUGAAGUGCCAUAGACUGUACAUCAAAUUAGAGUAUUAUUUCUUCAGUGUUACUGUUUUCAGAGCCACGUUUUGUUGCUUAUUUGCUAGUACUAAUCAAUCAAAGGGCACCAUAGCUUUUUUUUUUUUCUUUUUUAAAAACCAAAGCUGUCUCAGAAAUGGCCGAUUUAACUUUACAGUAACAAUAGACAGCACAACACGAACUCUCUCAACACAGAUAAACUCACAUCUACUGGAAAUAUAUAUGAUAGAGAUAUAUAAAAUUAUUUUAAUGCAUUAUAGUGUAAUAUUUAUGCAUACUAUACUGUAUAACAUGUUAUUCAAAAGGGAUACGCCAUUUCUGAGACACGAUUAACAAAAAAAAUAUUUGAGGAAAUUAUUUUGCUUCUAUUUAUAGCUUCUGUCAAGAGUCAAAAGACUAUAAAUGCUUUGCAAAAAUGGUUUCACGUUUGCUGAAAUAUUUCACACAGUCACAUUCAGAAUAGUGACUCUAAACCAAGAAAGGAGCACUGUCGUCAGAUGCAUGAUAAACCAAAAGAUGAAAAUGGGAAAUGUUUAAUCAACCUAGUAAUUGGGUGGGUUAAGUACAUGGGUGAAUUUUAUAUGUGACUUUUUUGUUUUGUUUUGUUCAGAUUAACUGCUUAUAGCCUUAGAAAGCCUUUUACAAAAUUUAAAAAAAAAUAGAUGUGCAUUCAGUUUUUAAGAAUGGAUUCAUCCAAAGGAAUUCCUUUUUUUUUUUUUUUGUGGUUUGGAUGUUUGCAGCUAGUAAAGGAUAUUUUUGCUCUGUUCAGCAGUUCUAAAAAUUGCUGACGUAGGGGCCAGGUCACUGGUAGAUACAGUAUGGAAUGGGAGAAGUGAGAGUUCGGUUCUAGAACUUUCCAUACUUCCAAGUUUACUGCAAGUUUUUAUGCUUGAGAGAGAUGCUUUCUAAUAUAAGACUGAUGUGUUGAUUUUACUGAUUGUACUGUACAUCUAUUAAAGCCUUAGAUUAUUACAUUACGGGUUGGAACCCAUACCAAUGUAAUUUCAAUCGUGUUAAAAGAGAGUAAUGGUGACUUCACACGUUAUUGUAGUUAGUUGCAUUAUAGAAUAUUACUUAUUUUUCUUGUUAAAAUGUAGUUUUUCAUUUCCUACGUUUAUUAGAUUUUCAUUUUCUAUUAACAAUUGAAUACCAUUUCAGUUUAUAGACUAUUGUUUUAUUAGAUUUUACCAAUGAAUUUUUCAAAAUACAAAAAAAAUUAGUUUUCCUUCAUAGCAUACUGUUUUGAAUUACAUGUAGUGUCAUAUGAAUAUUCGUAUUAUUGUUAACUGAAUGAUUUCUAUUUUACUGAUUUAAUAUUACAGUGUAAGAAUGUCAGUCAUUGUUAGUUCCUGUCUAGUUUUCAUUAAAAGAACAAAGAUCUUUUAUAUGGAUAUCUUAUAAAUAUAGAAUCAUUGCUAAGUAAGAAGUUAAGUUGUUGCUAUCGCAACAAUCCUGGCAGACAAUUGAGUAAUAUUUUGAUGAUUUAUUUUGUUUGUAAUUAGUUAUUAUAAGAAGAUCUAGAUCCUAGAUAUUAGAAUAAAAUUUAUUUUCUACUGUAUCCAUUUCAAAUGUUAAAGUAUUGUUUAAUAUUUUUGAAAUCCCUGAAUAUCAGGCCUUGUUAUAAAUAAGCUGCAUAAUCAAUAAAUAGAAACAAGGGACUUUUUGUUGAUAAUCCAAAUACUCAAAGUUUACGUAAUGAGAAUUAUAGCGUGUGUGCAAACUCUUGAGGGUUGAUUAUGCUGCAGUUUAGCAUGUUGGAACGUCUAGCGCGAAGGUUGACUUUUUGCACUUCUGUAUAUAGUCAAAAGAGAGAAACCUGUAUAAUAGUAAGAUCUUAUUUUGAAUAAAAACGUCUAUAAUUACAAGGAGUUUUGUUAAGGCGAACACAAUGACAGACUGAGCAAAAUGGCUUGCAAAAGUGGCACAGAGUUAGCACUCCAUACCCCUUCCAACACGUUGCUUUGCUUUUUCGUGGACAGCUUGUAGUUUGCCAGGAUUUUUCAGCUGGGAAGAUAAUGCCAUCCUUCCGAGAUCUCUCAUGACUGACAAAAACUCCAUUGGGCCAAAUCUGCCUGAAGAUCAUUACCAAAAAAAAAAAAAAAAAAAAUAGCAGUUACUUC